AUACAUCCCCGCCAGCAUGCACAGACUUAUAUUUCAAUAAACUGCACAUUAUGAAUAUAUAUUAUUAUGACUUUGUGUGAAAACACUAAAUAAUGCCACUGACAACACUCAUGUCGUCGAUCCAACGUGCAGCUGCUGCGCAGCCGGUUUGUUUCUGCCUCCUUCUCUGCUUUUUGUCGCAUUGGAUUUAAAGGCGAAGCAGAGUUGGAUUUCCAAGUUAAAGAGAUGGUGGCUGCUUCUCCAUAGCUGUGUGUGAAGCAACAUGAAUGUCAGUAACAAGAACAGUGUCCUGUGGUGAUUUUUUUUGGGGGGAGACGGGAAAAACCUCUGACUGGGGGAAGGAGGUCGAGGUACCCGGUGAAGAAACCCGCCGGACAGCCGGGGGAGCAAACUGGAGCGCGUCCAGCUGGCAGGCUGAGCAGAGAGCAGUGUGCCUCACAAAACAGAGGACGCAGUGAAGGACACUGGGAUACACACCCCUGCACUCCUGCUGGAUCAUGGGUAACCAUACCGGCAAAGACGGCCAUGGCACCACAGGUUCUCCUUUAGAUUUCUUCCACACGCCUCCAACCACACCCUCAGAGGCAGAUCUGACUGCCAUGGCCUUAUCCUCUGCAGCUUCCUCUAAUAAGGCACAGACGCCAUCACCACCAGCCGACAGCACCGCCCCCACCACUCCUGCCACCACCACUCCAGCAGACUGGACACAGAAACCGCCUGCUCCCUCUGAAUGGGCUGUGAUAAGCGUAGACAGCGCCGCCAGCUCAGAGACGAAUGUGAGUGAUGCAGCAGCGAGGCACGGGAUGGCAGCGGGCAGCCCGGGCAGUCCGGCAUCUCCGCCUCUGUCCAGAGAAUCACCUUCAGAGCAGAGCUGGCAGGAGCGGGACAGCGGGCUGGAGCCGCAGGCUGCAGAGGAGAGAGCCGGAGAGGAGAUGACUCUGGUUUUACUCAGCCUGAUGGAGCACUACAGGGCCUCACUAGGCCUGACCCCCAACACUGAUGUUACCACAGGAGCAGUAGAGCUGCUCAGGCGCUUGAUAACGCAGAAAGAUGAGCUGGUUGAGGAGGUGGACAUGCUAAAGGAGACACUGAGGACGGAGAGGUUGGAGUGGCGUCAGUUCCAGUGUGACCUCCAGGUCGCGGUGUCCGUGGCCGACCGGCUGAGGGUCGAGGCGGAGCAGGCUCUGGGUUUGCUCCAGGAGAGCCACAGGGCUGUGGAGGAGCAGUUGGCUCGGGCCCUCAGGAGACAGGAGGAGAAGGACCGAGAGUUGGAGGCUCUGAGAGCCGAGCACAGAGACGUCUGCCUCAAACUAACUGAACUCAACCUGCAGCGACAGCAGGAGCAAGCUGAGCUGGAAGCUCUGAGCAUCGCAUGCCGGGUGAGAGACGUGACGGAUUAUGACCAACAGGCAGAGAGACAAGACUCUGAGGAGGGGCGGGGGGAGGACAUACAGGAAGUCUUGGCGGUAAAGGAGGAAGAUGAAGACGACACUGAAGAGAAAAAUGUUGAAAAGCAAAAAGAGGAAAAUGAAACGGAUCAAGAGGUGGAUGCUGAAGUUGUGGAUCAUGAUCCUGAGGAGGCGAAUGGAUCAGAGAGCGCACAGCUGACGGGGAAAGGGGUGGCGGAGGCAUACCUUCGAAGUUUGGCCGCCCUGGAGAAGAAGAAAGAAGGAGGACGAGGGCAUAAAGAUCCGAGGAGGAUCGUGAUGCUGGCUGAACGAUCUUGGAGUCUCUCUCGUCUGCCACUCCCAAUUGACCCCGUCAAUGAAAACGGGACCCCAAAAAACACAAGUACAACAUUGCCGCUAUGCAAGAAAGAAGAGCCACCGACGCGGAGAAGGAUGGACCGCGUUCUACAGCGGCAGGACAGCUGGUCCAGCUUUUACACAGGAAAACAGGAUGAGGACCAAAGCUCAGAUUCCAUCAAACCACAGGAUGGCUUCAGCGCUCUGCUGAGGCGUCACGGCGGCUCCAGAAGAAACUCCCUGCUGCGCUGGUGCCAGAGUCGUACCCAUGGUUACAAGAAUAUUGAGAUCACAAACUUCAGCAGCAGCUGGGAGGACGGCUUGGCGUUCUGUGCCGUUUAUCACACGUAUUUACCGACUCACAUCCCGUACAACACCCUCAACCCAGCAGACAAGAAGGAAAAUCUGGACCUUGCUUUUAAGACAGGAGAGAGCGUGGGAAUCACAGCCACACUGACAAUGGAGGAGAUGCUGAAAGCCGACGGGCCGGACUGGCAGAAGGUCCUGGGUUACGUCGAAAGCAUUUUCCGUCACUUUGAGAUGUGAAGUCUGUUUCCUCUCGUCUUCUGCCUGGUUCUUUCUUACCAACAAAGGACUGAAACACUGCUCACCACAAGAGGGAGCGCUACUCAUAAUGAACCGGCCAGCCAGUCAGUGUUAGAUUUUAUAUUAUUUUAUGUAUGGAUACAACAUCCUCCACACAGAAAAGAUUAUUUGCCGGCACCCUGGUGGAAAAACAACUGAACCUUGGUGUAUUUUUAUUUUUCUAGCUGCCGGGUGAUGAUGCACAAGACACACAGAGAUUUGUCAUUGAGUUAAAAAUCGGUCCAGAAUAUAAACACCUGCUUUAUUUUCACUUUUGUUACUGGGAGCACUGGUUUUGCACUUUUGCCUUUUUGAAAUAUAUACACUGAGCACUUUAUGAUUACAUUUGUGUUGUAUUUUUAAGUGGAUGAUUUGGGGAAACUUUAUUAUUUUUAUCAUGAACCUCCCCUGCCAUGAUCAUCGUAUCAUCAUGUCUGCAUGCACCCAAACCUAAAACCCACAAACUAAGAGGAAGGCGGUAGAUGUGAAGCCAGAUUUUAUGUUGGAAUAGUGACGCUUCAACGUUAAACACUACACAGUCUGUCUAAAGGAAAUGUAUAUAUGUAAAUGUGUGUAAGCGCUCCAGUAUUUUUAAAAAACAUGGUAAACAUAUGAAGAUGUUGUUGCCAAAGCCUUAUUGCAAUAAUAAAGUUAUGUACGUGGACGUUUGUUUACUCUAUUAAAACCACACACACAGAUUCACAGAAAACCUUUUUAAUUUUAACAAAAGGAUGACAUAUCAUACAUGACGGCAUAUAAAAAUGGUUUAAAAUGAU